GCUUGAGUUUCACAACCCUGAGAGAUUCACUGGAGCUAUCUCUGACAGACAGAUACAUGACAGCCAGGCAUGACCUACCGGGCACACAGGGCAAGCUGGAGGAAUGUUAUGGAGGAGCAAGAUAAUAGGGAGGAGGAGGACCAGGCUGAAGGGGAUGACCUGGAGUCUAUGGGGUGGUUCCAUGAAAAUCUCUCCCGCCAUGCAGCCGAAGCUCUCUUGCUUACAAAUGGACAGGAUGGAAGUUAUCUCCUGAGGAAGAGUGACUCAAAAGCAAAUGUGUACUCAUUAUCAGUGAGGGCCAAGGACUCUGUUAAACACUUUCAAGUCCAUCAGUGUGAUGAAUCAAUCAAAUUUGGAUUCAAUGAAUUCUUAUCUGUGAAAGAUUUUAUCCAACACUUUGCUAAUCAGCCUUUGAUUGGAAGUGAAUCAGGAACUUUAAUCCUCUUGAAACAUCCUUAUCCUCGAACCGUGGAAGAGCCUUCAAUAUAUGAAUCUGUAAGAGUACAUACUGCCAUGCAGACAGGACGUUCUGAAAAUGACCUUGUGCCUGUAGCCCCCUCAUUGGGCACAAAAGAAGGUUAUCUUACAAAACAAGGAGGACGCGUAAAGAACUGGAAAACCAGAUGGUUUAUACUGACACGUAACGAGCUGAAAUAUUAUAAGGACCAGUUGACCCAGGAGCCAAUAAAGACACUGGACCUCACUGAAUGCAGUGCAGUACAGUUUGACUAUUCUCAGGAGAGAGUCAAUUGUUUCUGUUUAGUGUUUCCUCUGAGGACGUACUACCUGUGUGCAAAGACGGGUGCAGAAGCAGAUGAAUGGAUAAGGAUUUUAAGGUGGAAAAUGUCUCAGAUAAAAAGACAAUCGACCAGAAGAUGAAGGCAGCCGCACGUGAUCCGCACUAGGGAAGGGUCACUCAGAAGACUUCAUUGAUGGGACCAGGACAUUGAAAUCUGAACUGGACAUUUACAUUGGAAUAUGUGGGAACUGUGUUCUACAAAGAGAAAAAUAACAUUAUUCUUGGAGGGUGUUGUUAGUUAUAGUAACUGACAAAUAUGCUAACAAAUAAGUCUCACAGAUUCCUAGCUAGGCCUAAGUACCUGACAUCAACCUCAGAAUUUUGUUCCUGCCAAAUGCACGACAUUGAUAUAUGGAAUAUAUGUUAUCUGCGAUGCUUCACCUACCAAGUUUUGAACUAUGCAAUGUGGGGAUUUAAAUUUAAAGGGAAUGUGUCAUCAGAAAACGAGCUAUUGUUGAAACCACUUUUUUAUUUUACACAUAUUUCAAAUAAUUUUUGGUGCUUAUUUUUUAAUUUUCCAUGUCACUAUCUAUAUUUGAAAAUACAUAAAUAAUCCUAAAACUUUCACACUGGUCACUAGUUCUAAUAAUCGGCCAUGAUUUCCUCUUCUGUACAGGUAACUAUUCAGUAGUUGUUAUUAUCAUUAUCAUCACUGGCAGAAUUACAAUGACAAGUAACACCUCUGUAUAUGGAGGAUCCACCAUUC